AUGAGCGAUAGAUUUGAGGCGGGGGACGAGCAGGCGCCGGGUUCGGUCUUGGCUUUGCCCAGCGGCAAAGCGGCGCUCUUCAGGCCAGGGAACGAGCCGGACUCCGACGCAGCUGCAAGCUCGGGCGGCUCCUCCGGCUGCCUGACUGACUCCGCGGCGCCCCGUCCUCCCUCGCGACUGUCACGGCCGAAGAGCCACGGACGUGGAAGUCCUUUUCAGAAAGCCAUUGAUUUGGUCACGAAAGCCACCGAGGAGGACAAGGCCAAGAACUACGAGGAGGCUCUGCGCCUGUACCAGCACGCGGUGGAGUACUUCUUGCACGCGAUCAAGUAUGACGCUCACAGUGACAAGGCCAAAGAGAGCAUACGGGCAAAGUGCGCCCAGUACCUGGACCGGGCUGAGAAGCUGAAGGACUAUUUGCGGAACAAGAACAAGCAGAGCAAGAAGCCGGUCAAGGAGGCCCAGAAUGACAGCAAGGGCAGUGACAGCGACAGUGAGGGGGACAACCCUGAGAAGAAAAAACUGCAAGAGCAGCUGAUGGGCGCCAUCGUGAUGGAGAAGCCCAACGUGCGAUGGAACGAUGUAGCAGGGCUGGAGGGGGCCAAGGAGGCCCUGAAGGAAGCCGUCAUCCUGCCCAUCAAAUUCCCUCACCUCUUUACAGGCAAGCGUACACCAUGGCGCGGGAUCCUCCUCUUUGGCCCCCCAGGAACUGGGAAGUCCUUCCUGGCUAAAGCAGUGGCCACCGAGGCCAGCAACUCCACCUUCUUCUCCAUCUCAUCUUCAGACCUGAUGUCCAAGUGGUUGGGAGAGAGUGAAAAGCUGGUGAAAAAUCUCUUCGAGUUGGCCAGGCAGCACAAGCCUUCCAUCAUUUUCAUCGACGAGGUGGACUCCCUCUGCGGUUCCCGCAACGAGAACGAGAGUGAAGCCGCUCGCAGGAUCAAGACGGAAUUCCUGGUGCAAAUGCAAGGUGUUGGGAAUAACAAUGAUGGCACGUUGGUCUUGGGCGCCACCAACAUCCCCUGGGUGCUGGAUGCUGCCAUUCGGAGAAGGUUUGAGAAACGCAUUUACAUCCCGCUUCCAGAGGAGCCAGCUCGUGCCCAGAUGUAUAAGCUACACCUGGGCAACACCCCCCACAGUCUGACUGAAGCUGACAUCCACGAGCUGGCCCGAAAGACCGAUGGCUACUCGGGGGCCGACAUUAGCAUUAUUGUGCGGGAUGCCCUGAUGCAGCCUGUCCGCAAAGUGCAGUCAGCCACGCACUUUAAAAGGGUCCAUGGACCAUCUCGCACCAAUCCUAGUGUGCUGGUGGAUGACCUGCUGACUCCUUGUUCGCCAGGGGAUCCUGGGGCCCUUGAGAUGACCUGGAUGGAGGUGCCUGGAGACAAACUUCUGGAGCCGGUGGUCUGCAUGUCAGAUAUGUUGCGCUCGCUGGCCACCACCCGCCCCACGGUUAAUGCGGAAGACCUUCUGAAGGUGAAGAAGUUCACGGAAGACUUUGGCCAAGAGGGUUAAUGCUGCGCUGUGGGAUGUCCCGAUGUGAGGUGGGAGCAGCCAAGGGCCCGUUUGCCCAGCCAUGUGUAUAGGAGGCCAGUAGUGGCUGGUGGACUCUGCUGCGCAGAAGCUUCAUUCUCCGUCUGUCUCCAUUGGCGCGUCCCUCUGGCUGGGGAAUGGAAGGGGAUGAGGUGGCGGGUGCCGAGGGGACGCGAGCAAGCCUGGCUCAGUGUGUUAUGUCUUUUUCCCCAUCAGAUAAGUGCCCCACCUUUUUAUUUCUGAUGCUUAAUUUUCUGUUAUUAAAAAUAAAAUCAGCCCAACUCCCUUCUGCUCCCAGCCAUUUCCUGAGCCCCCACCCCCUUGAGCCCACUUCUGUUGCCCCAAAGAAAGGCCAGAGGGGCUCUCCGAGAGCCCUCCUUCCUUCUUGAAUGCUGACAUGCAUCACCUCAAGCUGACUUGAGGAAAAGGGCCUCGCUCUGCCAAGCGUGUGGAAAGCUGUUUUUCUGGGUCCCGGUAUGUUUUCCUGUCUGCCACGAGGCCCUCCUGCUCUCAGAACAGUUCCCCCCGCUAGCUUCGGACCCAGCCUUUGGCGAAGGCCCUCGGCCUCCUUCGCUUUGCUCCUGGGCGUGCGCUUGAUGGGGGGGCCGGGGCGGGGGAGGCCGUAGGUCCACCCGCCUAGCAGGAUGGCUUGCGGGGGAGAGGAAUGGCGGCCUGCGUCCCACGGACGGACGCAGGUGGGA